AUAAUCAAUAUAAUGAAAAAUCGAGUCCGAUUUCGGCUUAGCCAUCGUCAUAGAUUCCUUUGGGGGGCUUUUGUCUGUCAAAGUCGAGCAGCAUCGAGAACAAUAUCUUUGUCUCUUGAACGAACAACUUAGCAAGUAUGCCGAGACGACGUGACAAAGGAGGUCAUUGAGUAUGGGAACCCAUAUGUCCCGCACCGAUCGCACGAGUUUUCGACUCAACAAUUCUUGUUUUUCUACGUUGAGGAACGAUGCUUGAGAUCGAAUAUUUACUUAAUACGCUCGGUUCACCACCAUUUCUAUUACGACUGACUGGCUAUCAUACGUAACUCGCUUUACACUCACACCAUUCCAACUAAAGAGUGCAGAAAUCUAGAACAGUUGGGCAAGACAAACUUAUAAACACAAAAUGAUGACAGUCAACAUCCGAGACCUCUCGGACAAGCAGGUUCAACAACUGACAAAGCUUCUCUCCCGACGUCCGGAAUAUGGCAUCGCUAUUCCGUCGAGAAGAUGGCUUCUUAGACAAGAGCAGAAACUCAAGUCCUUUCCUAGCGAGAUGCUCCGUACGUCAAACAUUCUAAAGCGAUUUUUCCUUAGAAUUGCUGAUAAACUCGACCCGAGUGCCACUGAUCCAAGAGCUAUUUUAUGCAAGACUCACGUCGUUCUUAACCCGUGGCUUAUACGUCGCGUAUUUUUGGCUAUCGCUUACGAAGUUACGGUCCAUACCGAUAUGCUACGUACCUGGAAAGGUAGAAUGGAUGUUCCAAGGCUUUCAGCUUUAGUAGGACGAAUAGAUGCCAUUGCUGCCCUUUGGACAGAACCGGAACUGUACCGCGAAUGCUACGGUACUCCACCCUUCGAAAACCACAUGGUCUUCGUUAGGUCCGGCUGUGAGGCUUGCAUUCUGAGUGCCAUAGGAGCCAAUGCUCGCGUGCUCGCAGACUUGCGAUCCAUUAUUGUAGACCGAACCGAGAGGCGUUCACGUCGUUCAGACAAAGCACCAGAGAGGCCGGCCAGGCUUGCUCGCUUUGUCGAAAAUUGGAUUGAUCAUCUCAAAGAGGAAAGGGCGGCAAAGUGUAGGGCCAUGAGCGAUGAUAUACUCACGCAGCUUAGAGCUUCCCGGACUCAACUUUUACAGUGGCGUAGCCGGCGAAAGAAGGAACUCGACGGGUCUGGUAACUUACCUAUGUACGAGUUGAGGAAUUCAAACUCUGGACAUCGGCUGAGCAACAUUCCGGCUAGCGCACGACGCAAGAGACGGACCAAGGAUGGGAUUCCUGUAGCUAUGACUGAUCAAGAGAGUGCGGAAGAGCAGAGGAGGAUUGCGAUGUAUAGCUUGCUUGAAGGUGAAAAGAGCAUUUAUAGACCGGACAGCAUGAAUGCUUUCUCGCAAUUUGGCAAUGGGCGCACACAGGCCUAUGAUGCAGCAUAUGAACUAGAACAGCAGGCAAUGGAGGAUAAUUAUGACCCAUACGAGGGAGAAGAAGAUGAGGAAGGACUCGAAAACUUCGAACGAGACCUUGAGAUGGAUGAACGGAGCCGCAGCAAGGUGACGGAUUGGUACGCUACGCGACUGAGCGUAUCCAAUGGCAAGCGAACAGCAGAUGACGCCAAAUCGGUUAUGUCUACAAUCCAUCCAGCAUUUCAGCCAUUUACUGGAUUCAGUCACAAGUCAGCUGCCCCUUCGCCGCUCAAGAUUAAGAAGGAUCGUCCGCCUACUGCCCAACAACAGGCUACGCAAAAGUCCGCUUGGACUGAUGCUACGGUAUAUACCGUAAGUCCUGGCUUUAAUAGCCCCCAUGCAACAGAGGCGCCAGCCAUGCCAAGGAUACCGUCGGCUUAUCUCAAUUCGGAGAAGGGUGCUGGUGAUCAGAGGCCAUCGUCGUCUCGUCCUCACGCCCCUCCACCCAACGCCUCAUCGAGGCCCUCUAACCGAAACAGACGAUUUUCAAUGAGCUCCUCGGUAUAUUCCGAGCAGCUCUCACCGACUAGGCCGCACCCCACCGCCAGCCAGUUUCCGCCCAGAUCACCAUCAACGCCGUUGAAGCCUCCUCCCUCGAGGAGAUCCCGGCAGCACAAUUCGUUUGCCGCCUCCUCCAUAUACUCGACAGAUCAGCGGCGACACCGCCACCACCAGCAGAACACCAUGACGCCGGGGAUGUUCGCGCGUGAUCAAAACAACCCGUUCACAAGAGCGAACUCGACGCGGGUACCGGGCUCCUCGGCAGGUAGGAGUCACGGUAUGCCUGUGCCCCCGCUGUCUCACGGUAGUUUAUCACCUCCCUUGACCCCCGGGCACGAGAUGUCGCCGCAGCAGGUCAUGGAUGACUAUGUGAAGCUCCUAGAUUCGGAGUUCGUCCAGCUCGUCGAUCCCCUCGAGUCCGAGGCCGGGGAAACUACGCCCUGGCCGACUUUUGCGUGGUGGCAGCAGAAUAAGAGGGAGUAGGUGAAGGUAAGAUAGGGAUGGCGAUGGGUGGGUAUAGUUGAAAAGUACACGUAUAGUUAGACUUGCUUAGCCAAAAAAAAAAAAAGGAAACCAUACCGCGUAGCUCGAUAAGAGGAGCUUGGUAGGAAGGCCGUUGAUCGGUCGUGUAGAUAGAUACCUAGCGUAUAGAAUUGUAAAUAUCAUGUAUCAUCAUUAGCUGUCUGGCUUUCUCGUCUUCCAAGUGCUAUGCUAAGUGCUGUGCUUUC